AUGAUUAUCCCACGUGAUGACAAGAUGAUUAUCCCACGUGAUGACAAUAUGAUUAUCCCACGUGAUGACAAGAUGAUUAUCCCAUGUGAAGACAAGAUGCUUGUCCCAUGUGAUGACAAGAUGAUUAUCCCACGUGAUGACAAGAUGAUUAUUCCACGUGAUGACAAGAUGAUUAUCCCACGUGAUGACAAGAUGAUUAUCCCACGUGAUGACAAUAUGAUUAUCCCACGUGAUGACAAGAUGAUUAUCCCACGUGUUGACAAGAUGAUUAUCCCACGUGAUGACAAGAUGAUUAUCCCACGUGAUGACAAUAUGAUUAUCCCACGUGAUGACAAGAUGAUUAUCCCACGUGUUGACAAGAUGAUUAUCCCACGUGAUGACAAGAUGAUUAUCCCACGUGAUGACAAUAUUAUUAUUCCACGUGUUGACAAGAUGAUUAUCCCAUGUCAUGACAAGGUGAUUAUAUGA